GCGAACUGCGAACCGGUAAAAUGCGAACUUUUUUGCGAACCAAAACAUUACAUUUUAAUGACCGCAAUAUAAUAUAUUAAAGUUAUAUAAAACGUUUGCUAUUCAAUUCUUUCUUUUAUUAAAUAAUAUAAUGGAAUUAGAUUUAUUUAAAUCUUUACCCGCUGAAUUCGCUGUUCGGUACAAACCAAAAGCUGGUACUAAUUACAUUUUCUCGUGGACUAAUGACAAGGAUAAAGAAAAUUGGCGUGCAGAUGGUUACAGGUGGAGGCAAGGGGGUUCAAAGACAAUUAAUGGAAUUAAAAGGAAGUAUUUUAGAAUUCUUGUUGCACAAGACACAGUAAGUGAUGUGUUUGUACGUAGAGCACACUAUCAUGCUGAUUAUGCUAAUUCAGUUCUGAUAUCAUACAUAGGUGAUGAAGCUAAGGCUGUGCAGUUUCCUCAUGGAAAUGCUACUAGAUGUAAUAGAGAUUUUAUCAGAACACAGCCAGGUGUUAUAAACCAAAUUAAGGAAAGUACAGGUUCUGUCCAAAAAGUAUACAAAGACAUAAUAUUAUCAAAUACAGCUGAUAUAAAUAUAACAGCAGUUCCACGUAACAUGGAACAAGUCAGUAAUACUUUAAAAUCAACACGCAAUCAGCAGCGUUUAUCUAGAGAUAGUUUAUACAAUCUUCAUGAUUGUAUAAACUAUCUCUAG